AUGGCUCCUUUUGCUGAAAGCAAUAUGCUUACUUAUGUUAACUCGUCCUGUUCAUCCAGUAAUAAGUUACGGAAGCUCGUUGUGGAGAAAAUUCGGAGAGACCGCAUCAACAUUAGCAUUGAGCAACUGAGAACACUUCUCCACAGAGGACAGAUAUGUGGACAGCAGCAGCAGCGCUUAUCCAAACUGGAGAAAGCGGAUAUUUUGGAGUUGGCCGUGAGUUUCUUACAGAAGGAGACCAAAACGGGCGUUUCGCCCACCUACUCCCAGUGUCUGCAGGAGACCCUCCGCCACCUGUCCCUUCACGCGCCCCUGCAGGCUGCAGAACAACAGGAUAUCAAACGCUUUUACGUGCUCCAGAAAACAGCCCUGUCCAGGAGCAUGUCAAGUGAACAGCACGCGCAGUCUGCAGCCAAGCGGUCAACAUCAAGGUCAUCAUCACGGCGGUUCCAAGGCUCUCUGUGGAGGCCAUGGCAAUAG